AUGGAGGAAAAGCGGGAAGAUCAAAUAAGAGCAAGAAAUUCGGUAGAUGACAAUGACAAUGAAGACGAAGAGACUAGGCAAAAACAGUCUCAUCCGCAUUUUGACGACCCGAUGUUGAAACAAGUCGAGGAAACGACAAGGAUAUCGACAUUCGUCUAUUUCACAACUUUUACGGUCGCCAUCGGUGGAUUUUUGUUUGGGUAUGAUACUGGUGUCAUUAGCAGCGCCAUGUUAUUGCUUGAAAAUGACUUUACCAUGACAUCUCUUCAAAAGGGAAUGGUCGUUGGUG